AAGUCUUGUAUCGUGAGCCUGGCCAACAGAUCAUGAUGUUUCGUGACCAGGUGGGAGUCCUCGCCGGCUGGUUUAAGGGAUGGAACGAGUGUGAACAGACUGUGGCCUUACUGUCGCUCCUCAAGCGGGUCAGUCGGACCCAAGCACGCUUCCUCCAGCUUUGCCUGGAGCAUUCCUUGGCUGACUGCACCGAGCUGCAUGUUCUGGAAAGAGAGGCCAAUAAUCCAGUGUUGAUCAGUCAGUGGCAAAGUGAAACGAAGGAGCGGGUCAUCUCUCUAGUUCUGACCCACUUGCCACUUCUCAAGCCGGGCAACGUCGAGGCCAAAGUGGAGUACAUGAGCCUCCUGCCGAAGAUCCUGGGCCACACCAUUGAACAUGGCCGGCACUUGGAGGAAAGCAGGCAACUUUUAUCCUACGCUCUCAUCCACCCCGCAACAUCCCUAGAUGACCGGGCUAACCUGGCCCUGUGGCUCAACCACCUGGAGGAGCGUGCAGCCGCCCGAGGAGCCUCAGACUCGCUUGAACGCCCGCCGUCGUCCCACCAUGGCCAGCCUCCGCACCUCUACCCACACCACCAGCGGUACGGGUCGGACGACCGACUCAACGGCUGGCAGAGCUCACGAGACUCCGGUCUGGGAAGUUGGCAACAACAACAGCAGCAGCAGCAGCAGCAGCAGGGCUGUGAAAAUGGGCAUCUUUCUCUGUACCCAUCAUCCUCUGUGCCUUCCACCAUCAACGCUGUGGGUACAGGCAGUGGGACCAAUUCAAUCCUGUCAGUUGGGCAGCACAGUCCUCUGAGGCGUUCGGUGUCUCUGACCCCUCCGAUGAGCGGUGGCUCCAACCAGCCACUGGGCCACGGAUGGCUGUCCCAGGAGGACCUGCGUCCCCGCGGGCCGGCACCCGAACACGCCCCCAUCUCCCCCCAGAGCAGCGUGGCGUCAUCGGGCAGCGGAGGCAGCGAACACCUGGAGGAACACACUGCCGGCCGGAGUACAUUCCAUGAGGAGGGCAGCGGGAUGAGGGAUGUGCCGGCGUGGCUGAAGAGUCUCCGUCUCCAUAAGUACGCUGGGCUUUUCUCCACCAUGACCUAUGAUGAGAUGAUGUCACUGACGGAGCAGCAGCUGGAGGCUCAGCAAGUCACCAAAGGGGCACGGCACAAGAUCAUCAUCAGUAUUCAGAAGCUGAAAGAUCGACAAAACAUGCUGCGCUGUUUGGAGAAGGAUGUUUUGGAGGGAGGGAAUCUACGUGCUCCAUUGCAAGAGCUCCACCAGAUCAUCCAGACACCCAUUAAAGCCUGCAGCACGGAGGAGUCAUCACAGCGCCACCUGCUGAGCACAGAAGGGAAGAGCGCCAUCGCCAGCUCACAUCUGGGAGGAGGAGAGACGGAGGGAAGCUCCACGCUCAUAAUUGAAGGAGACAUACCCGCUCAGUUCAUCCGCGUCAUGGGCAAAGUGUGCACACAGCUCCUCGUCUCUGGGUCAGAUGAGGAGAACAUUAGUUCCUACCUACAGCUUAUUGACAAGUGCCUAAUCCAUGAGGCCUUCACAGAGACGCAGAAGAAGAGGCUGUUGUCCUGGAAGCAGCAGGUGCAGUUUCAGUUCCGGUCGAUUUCACGGAAAACUCUCCUGGAUCUAACAGGACAGAGACGGAGCAGUCGAUAUGGUCAGUCCAACUCCCUCCCGACCACAGGCUGUGUAGGCAGCGGCAUCCCCACCCGGAGGAACCUGCGGCAGUAUCAGAUGCGGAGUCUGCCCGGUAUACGACCUGUCCCUUUGGGAAGCACCGGCCUGUUCGGACCAACCCCACGGAGCAGCAGCAGCACCCCGACCGGCCUGAAACAGGGCAGACAGGGUUUGUGGUUUGCUAACCCAGGGGGCAGUAACAGCAUGCCCAGCCGCACACACAGCUCUGUUCAGAGGACUCGAUCACUACCCGUCCACACCAACCCACACACCAUGGCCAUGUUCCAGCAGACAGAUCUGCAGGUGCCUGUGAAUGAGCCAGACAUCAAUAACCGCUUAGAGUCUCUGUGUCUCAGCAUGACCGAACACGCUCUGGGAGAUGGUGUUGAUCGAACUUCAACCAUCUGAGAGAAGGAAAGCUGGCACACUGGGGAGACACAGGCAUGCCUGACAGAAGAGGAGAACGGUCAUCAGAAGGUCACAAGCCCCUCUGUUUAUAACCUCCUCCCCUCUCCACCUGCUCACCAAUAGCCAAUAGGAGAGAUGGGGAGGGGUGUGGCCAACACAGUGCCAAUCACCAUUUACUGAAGGCUUAACACAAGCGAGUUCUGUCAUCAUGACUACUUCAGCGUGUUUACAUUCGAGUUUGGGAGAAAAUCAUCUUCUUCAGCGCUUCUUUAGAAGAGGUCUAGUGUUGACAGGCCAUUAGAGAAGGUCCGCAAUGCAAAGGAGACAAAUCAAAGCAGUUAGGUGGCUGUCUGGAACGUCAUGAAAUCCAAAAACACACCAGCAGACCAAACCAGAUCGAGAUAUGUAGUUACAGAUUAGAUAUCUGUGCCACUGAGCAGAUGCGAAAAUAGUUUGUUUACACAUAAUACUGUCAAGAAAAUCCGAACAGUUUUUCAGGUGCGAUUUGUUGUGGACGGUGUACAGCUUUAGAUUCCUAAAAGGCUUCGUAGUUUACAGUUGUGUGUUCAUAUUUACCGUUUCGUUGUUCUAGUUUUCUAUCGUGCCAGCAGGAAAGCUGAUUUACAACACUACAAAGGCAGUCAGAGCUACGGAUGGUACUCGGCAGUGUGAGUGGAGAUGGGAAAGGAAGUGAUGUCAGUGGAAGGGUCUACUGAGGGAGCAGAGAGGAAUGUUGUAUGUGGAUACUGACGUAAGGAACUGAGGUCGAAGGACAACAGGAGGUCAGAGUAAUGGAGGAGUGGAGAAAUGCCAGCAAAUGCAAGUAGAUGGAAACGUUGAGAGAGAAGAGCAGGUGAACUUGAAGGUCAGUGAUGAAGGUCCAGGCAGAAUAUAUAUGUAUAUUCAAAUAUAUUUGAUUUAUUUAGAUAUUGCAUUGAAAAUAACAUAAUUCUGUUUAAAAAAUGCAAUAUACAGUAUAUAUAAGGUUUAAAUUGAUCUUAAUAUAAUGUAUAAAUAUAUAAUAAGAUCAAAGAAGUUACAAUAUAGUAUAUUUGAAUAUACAUAUGGUAAGGUUUGGGAGAUAAAAAGAUUUCUUCAGAUACUGUAGGACUUUGCAGGGUUUUCUGCAUAUUAUGUGAGGGCUUGGAGAUAUAUUCAGUGUUUUGUGGAAAUGUUUUUAAUGAAUAGAACUUUUCAUCUGUAAAUGCACCGCUGUUGGGGUGAUUGUUUAUUGAUUUUGGGAAUAUCAUCGGCGCGGUGUGGAUGAUUUCUGUUAUUUGGGAUAUCUCAUGUGUGGUACACUUCUAGAACCAGGAUGUAGACUGGCGGCGAAACAAGGGGAGAUCCUAAAUAUUUAUGAGGAGAAAACGCUAAUGCACCAGUUAUUAGUACAGAGCGCCACCUUGUGGUGAAACUGUGCAAUAGUUACCAUUAAAUGUCUUUUUUUUUAACAGUAUUGUCUUAAUAUCAGCCAUUAGUUAAUCAUGCCAGGUAUAUAAAGUAGAAAGUUUACAAUAAGAAAUGAGCUUUUAGUUUUGGACUCAACAAGUGAAGAUCUAAUUUUCUGCAUGGGAAGGGUCUGAAAGAGUUUCUUUGCUUUAAAUUGUUUUAAUCUGGGGUGUAAAGCCCCUUUAUGAGGGUGAAUGUUAAUCUUAUUUAGAGUUGUUUUUCCUAUAAUAACUUUGCUUUUCCUGCCCUUGGUGCUGUGAAAUAUUGCUGAAACCAUCAAAAGUGAAUUUGCAAUAAUGUGCAAUAGACUCUCAUCAGCAAAAACUGUGUGAAUCAUAUGGCGGACGGGGAACUGGGGGUCUCGGAGGAGGAACUGGACUAACAAACUCCCCCCAAGGUCCCCCAUUGCAGGACUGUUGUACCCUGUAGUCCUAAUGUAAAGGGAUGUGCCAGCCUGCAACUUUGAUGUACCUUCCCACACCUCAAGUGUUUUACACUUUUUGGCUCAUCCAAAGAAACCAGUCUUGAUUUAACGGACAGUAAAGAGGCACUUUCACAUCCGCUGAGUGGCGAACGAUGCGGUUAAAUCUGCCUUAAAGAGAAAGAAUGUUGACUAUGCAGUGUGUCGGCUUCAUAAGCAAGUUGGUGCCUCCAAAUUAGUGCUUUUAAAGUGCAUGAAAUGCUUUAAACGGCAGUGUUGUUUUAAAGCAUGUUAGCAAACCAUCAUGUGGCAUCCCGUGCAUCUUGUUUAUAAAGGUGCAUUUGUUUGUGUGUAAUAAGCCACUCGUCACUGCCAUUUAAAAACAGUUAGCAGAUUCAAAUGAUUAUUUAUUCUUUUCUAUUAUUGAUGCAGAGGUUAUUCUAUUCAUUAGAUGUAUUAUUUAAAAUACCUUGUGUAUUAACAUUUGCUAUGGCUGGUAACCAUAAGUACAUCUCAGAUAACAACCUAGUUAUGUUUUGUUUGGAUGUUUUGUUUUCCCAAUUUGCAUUUUUGUUAUCUCAAAAUACAUACCUGAUAGUCAAAAGACAUAUCAGUUUUUUUUAAUGUUGCUGUUUAUCAUUUCUCUUUCUUGUGAGUAUCUAUAAAAGCUUAUAUUUUGCUACCUGCCCCUGAUUGUGUAUUUUAAGGAAAUGUUUUUUUAUAUGGUCACACAGAGCCAGUUUUACUCUUUCUUUCUUGUUGUUAUUUUGAUGCUGUUUUUCACCUCAGCUGUUACAGUGUUUGUUUGCUAAAUACAUUCAGUGUUGAGUCAUUGUGUUGGUCUUUACAGAGAGUUCUGUCCACACAUUAAUAGACAGUGGAGUAUGACACGAAUUUAAGUGUUCAUAUCAUAGACUAAAAAAA